UACGGUUUAACCCGAUCCUCCUUCGUAGAGGAUGGGCUGUGCCGUGAGUACUACCGGUGAGAAGGAAGCCGCCGAACGCUCGAAGAAGAUCGACAAGGACCUUCGAGCCGAUGGCGAACGCGCUGCCAGCGAGGUCAAACUCUUACUGCUCGGUGCUGGCGAGUCGGGCAAAUCCACAAUUGUAAAACAGAUGAAAAUUAUUCAUGAAACUGGAUAUAGUAAAGAAGAAUGCGAGCAAUAUAAACCAGUGGUAUACAGCAACACAAUACAGAGUCUUAUGGCAAUAAUCCGAGCCAUGGGACAGCUCAGAAUUGAUUUUGCAGAUCCCAAUAAAGCUGACAUAGCCCGGCAAUUUUUCACCCUAGCUUCGGCAGCAGAAGAGGGAGAGCUAACAGGAGAACUGGUACUAUUAAUGAAGAGAUUAUGGCAGGACGCGGGAGUGCAGCUCUGUUUCACACGUAGCAGGGAAUAUCAACUGAAUGAUUCGGCAGCAUAUUAUCUUAAUGCUCUGGACCGCAUAGCACAGCCCAAUUACAUUCCAACACAGCAGGAUGUCCUGAGGACACGCGUAAAAACUACAGGAAUAGUGGAAACACAUUUUUCUUUCAAGGGUUUACACUUCAAAAUGUUCGAUGUUGGGGGUCAACGUUCUGAACGUAAAAAAUGGAUUCACUGCUUCGAAGGAGUGACAGCAAUCAUCUUCUGCGUAGCACUCAGUGGCUAUGAUCUUGUUCUCGCUGAGGACGAGGAAAUGAACAGAAUGAUAGAGUCUACAAAAUUAUUUGACUCGAUAUGCAACAGUAAAUGGUUUGUCGAGACAUCCAUUAUAUUAUUUCUAAACAAAAAAGACCUCUUCGAAGAGAAGAUAUCCAGGAGUCCUUUGACUAUCUGCUUUCCCGAGUAUAAGGGUGCUAAUAUUUAUGAGGAGUGUGCUUCGUAUAUUCAAAUGAAAUUUGAGAAUCUAAACAAGAGGAAAGAUCAAAAACAAAUCUACACACAUUUCACGUGUGCCACCGACACGUCCAAUAUACAGUUUGUGUUCGACGCUGUGACUGACGUUAUAAUUAAGAACAACUUAAGCAAUUGCGGUUUGCUGAGCUAAUUCUCACGAUGCUAAACGGUACUUUCCAUUCAAUUUCACAAAUAUCAAAACAGACAACAAAAAAAUACAAAAUUCUGUGAAUUAUUAGUUUUAACGAUCGUCAUCAGAGAACAACGACUCUUCCUACGUAGAAACUUUGAAGUUGAAGUUUAAUAAUGGUCUCUCAAUCAAUUUUAUCCUUUGCACUACAUUUAACUAUUUAAAAAAGUAUGUAUCUUUUAUCUGAAUAAUAUGUCGUGGGUUGUUUUUAUGAUCCUGACUUUAACGUAACGCAUAUCUCAUGAGACUGAAAUUGUGUGCAUCAAUAAGAAGGGUUAAGAGACUGUGAGAGUGAACCAUUGACUUUAAAGUUUUUCUCACAUAGAAGAUGUUAAAAACUUAGAGUAUAUGCAUCUCAAUAAUUUAUAUGCUGCAUGUUAAUGUGUUGGCCAAGAUGGCAAACGUUUCAAAGCAAUUGUAGUUGCAGUGGUAGUUAUGAAUUCUUCCAAUCGCGAUAACCCUGCUCCCGACCUCGAUUUAAAAAACAGCCGAUUAGUCUGAAUUUAAUGAUAAGCCAAUAAAAACGAAAAAGAAGAAAAGAAACAUUGCCCAAUUUUGAUUGGCGAUUUCUGUAACGGCGUAUUAAUUAGCGAUAGAUAUAUGCAUAAUAAGAGAUGUACCUACUUCCUUUUUCUUUUCUAAGAUACAUUUGCGUUUGAGCAGUAUUGCCGAAAAUUUGUUAUGUAUUGUAGGCAAGUCCUUUCCACUACCGAUACUUAAUCAAAAAAGAAAGGAACAUUGUUAAAACGAGUAAACGCGUCGUAAUCAAAGAAUUAUUUUGGAUAAUCGUCGAAUCUCUUAUGACAAUGAGCUCUCUAAGUAAGAGAAUAACAUUAUUUUUUUUUUUUCUUUAAUUAACUCCCAACUUUUGUAUCUAGUGUACUAAUUAGUAACUAGUUAGCCCCUAAUUUAGUGGUGCGUCUCUGUAUAUAAUUUGUUAAGAAUCCCAUGCGAUUUAUCGUACUAAGUGCUUGCACACCUUUGUUACUUUGUUUUCCUUUUAUUCUUUCUGUUUCCGAAAAUCUUCAAAAACUUGAACAAGAGAAAUCACUCGACACAUUCCGCCCCCCGUUACACACAUAUAAGUUAUCACUCAUAAUUAACAUCGACGUACGUUUAUCGUGAAAUAUAUUUUCGUUUUUAUACGUACAUAAAUGAAUUUGCCCAAGACCUUUUAUACAAGACUUUUACAAUCGUAUUUUUUAUAAGCACUUGAACACGUUAUUUAAAUGGUAGGCUCGUUGACAUUUGCUCUGCAAAAAUGUCGAAGAAGCGAAGAAAAAUAUUGUCUUUAUAUACAGCGUAUUUUGAAUAAAAAAAGCAUUUUUCUAAGAA